AUGACAGUAUGCAGUUCGAUUUCAGAUAUCGAUCGUUUGAUUCUCUAUCGUAAUCAAUCCAAUAUCAGCAAUGAGUCAACUCAUUCUUCUUCAGCAACAUGGGCUUCAUCGGAUACGAACGGAUUAAUAAAACAACUGUCCACACGAAUCAAAGCCGGUGGUCCGAUCACAAUUGCUGACUUUAUGCGUGAAUCGUUAUUAAAUCCACAAUAUGGUUAUUACACUCGCCAUGAGGUAUUCGGCAGAAAGGGUGAUUUCAUCACCGCACCGGAAAUAAGUCAGAUAUUUGGUGAAUUAUUAGCUGUAUGGAUUAUGUAUGAACAUUCCAAUUCUGGCAGCAAGGAUUUACAAUUGGUUGAAUUAGGGCCUGGCCGAGGUACGUUAAUGAAUGAUAUCGUUCGAGUGUUAAGAAAGCGAAAAUAUGUCGAUGCACACACAUCAAUUGCUCUGUAUGAAGCCAGUGCGUUGAUGCGUCGACGCCAAGCUGAAACAUUGCUACAUCGAUCAUUCGAUCCGGUUAUUUCGAAUGACUAUCGUAUACCUGAUGGUAAUUAUUCGUUGAUGUGGAUUGAUGAUCUCAAACAAUUACAAGCUCGAAAGACAUAUUUCGUUACCAAUGAAUUGUUUGAUGCAUAUCCAAUUCAUAAAUUUCAGAAAACUCCUCAAGGUUGGCGAGAAGUUAUGAUCGAUUGGAAUCCAACUACUAAACAACUUCAAUAUGUUUUAUCGUCAAAACAAACAAUCAUGAGUCGACUGUAUCAAAAUUUCCUCAACGGUAUCGAUGACCGACAACAUGUCGAAAUUAGUCCCGAACGUUCAGUCAUGAUGCAAGGUAUAUGUAAACACCUAUCAACUCAUGGCGGUUCAGCAUUGAUCGGCGAUUACGGGCAUUGGGGAGAAAAAGAAGAUACACUUCGUGGUUUUCGUAAGCAUGAAGUUGUUGAUGCACUGUCCGAUCCUGGAAAUAUCGAUAUAACAGCUGAUGUUGAUUUCGAAGAAUUAGCUCUAAGUGGUAGUCAGAUAGCGAAUGGUAAGCAGAAUGUACAGUCAUUAAUCACCGAAGAUUUUCGUUUAGUUCAUUUUUAUGGGCCUGUUUCUCAACGAAACUUUCUCUAUAACUUGGGGAUUGAUAUACGAGCAUCGACACUUGCUCGUGACAAAUCACCGGAAGAACAAAAGGAAAUUUUGAGUGCUGUGGAGAAACUAGUUAGUCCUGAGUAUAUGGGUGAACGAUUUCUUUAUCUUUGUGUGCAAAAUGCAAAUAAUAAAAAUGAACCAGCAGGAUUUUCAUCUCCUCAUUGA